AUGGCAGAAUGUGCGGUUUAUUUUACUAAAACCUUGGCUGCAGUUCACCCUGGCAAACUGUUUCAUAUUCCUAGCUGGAUUCCUAGGUUAUCUGAUCCACAAGUGCAAUUUGACCUUGACCCGCCUUCUUACCAACAAGUUACUGCUGUUAUUCGUAAAAUGGAAGCAUCUGGUUCUCCUUGUCCUCUCGAUCAAAUAUCAAUUAUAUGCUUUAAGCGAUGUCCUUACCUAAGAACUUAUUUAACUGAACUAAUACGCGCCGCCUGGCUUUCAGGAUCUAUCCCGAGUGAAUGGAAAAAAGCUUGCACUAUACUUAUUCAUAAGAAAUGCAACACGAGUAUACCCUCAAAUUUCCGACCGAUCACAGUCGAAUCUAUACCGCUUAAAGUAUUUACAUCAUGUCUACGUAACGCAAUGUACUCCUUUCUCACCGCCAAUAACUUUAUAGAACAUAACAUACAAAAAGGCUUCACCCCGAAUCUGUCUGGUACUAUGGAACAUACUGCGCAAAUGGCUAAUAUAAUCAACAAAGCUCGGAUAAAACAACGUUCACUUGUUAUCACACUACUUGACCUCAAAAACGCUUUUGGAGAAGUUCAUCAUAACUUAAUCCAAUCUGUCCUUGGCUAUCAUCACAUCCCUAAUCAAAUGAAUAAUUUAAUAAAAAGCUUAUACACUGAUUUUAAAACUUCCGUAAUUACUUCUGAGUUCCGUACCCAUUUUAUACCUGUUGGCCGUGGUGUUUUGCAAGGUGACUGUCUUAGUCCUCUACUAUUUAAUAUGUGUUUCAACACAUAUAUUCAACAUAUCAAAGCUGAAAAGUACCGCCAGUUCGGUUUCUCCCUCCAACUCCUUAAUCCAAUCAACUGGUUUCAGUUUGCCGAUGAUGCUGCGGUUAUUACUGGUCAGGAGUCGGAAAAUCAACAUCUCCUUAAUCGAUUCUCUAUCUGGUGCCAAUGGUCCAACACGGUUGUUAGAGUUGAUAAUGUAGCACAUUUGGCAUCAAAAAAGUUUUAUCAACAUCUGCCCAGUACAUGCCGAAGCUUUUGA